AUGAAUAUAAAAAUGAAUUCCAAGAAUAAUAAGUUGAAUUUUAUGCAUUUAGGCAGGAGUUUAGAGUCUUCAUUAUACCCAUCUUUGGUCCGCGUGCUUAGUGAGGCACAUAGGGCUGAUGCUAUAAGUUAUAAUCAUAAAUUUAAAAAAAUUUUCAUGAAUAGACUAGCAGAAGAUCUAUGGUAUAAUAAUCCGUUGUAUCCAGAACGCAAAAGGACAUCUGUUUGUAGUAUGCCAUUUGCUGUGGUUAGUAAUGACUUGUUCCGAAUACCAGAUACAUUUUCUUGGGGUGUAUCACGAGAUCAAGCGGCUACUAUUAUACAGUCAGCGUAUCGUGCACACAUAGUCCGGAUACAGCCUGACGUGGCGGAAAUGAGGGCUUUCUGGCGAGCUCUGACGACCAAAGGCCGCAAGUAG